CACGCACGUCCACCACACACACUCACCCUGCUCUCUCUGCUGCUUCCAGGUUCGCUGCCCGCUCUGCUGCAAUUCAUGAUUUGACCGAAGUGGUCGCUCGAUCAAGUUUGACGAGGGUCUGCAGUCACAAUUGGCAGAGCUGCGCACACUAGCCGCCUCCUCACGCCUACACCGCCUCUUCGUGCCCUUCCAUCACCACCAAUCUCGCUCGUCCUCGACGUGACCAACAAUCUGGCUUUCUCACUCAGCCUCGUCGCCGUACCACGCUCAUCUCGUCACAGGCCUGGUCUGUUCGUCUCGCUUGCUGACGACGGUGGUCAGAGCACCGUCUUGCACGCCCAAUCUCUAGACGCCGAAGAAUCGCUGUGCACCGAUUACGCGAGAUCACUCCAAAGCAGCAGCGCUCCAGCACCCGUCUUCGGUCAGCCCAGCUCCAAUCCCGCCUCAGGCAUAUCCAGCACCAUGCCGCCUCCCGACGUACCUCGUCAGAGGACUCACAGCAACAAUUCGGCCCAUUCUGCCCACUCUGCCCAUUCUCGAGCAUCGUCACAUCAUCGAAGGGCUUCAGGUAGCAUGGGCUACGAUGGUGGCGAAGCGGGACGCCGAAUGGCAGAGGAGGACGAGCUGAUCAGACGCGAGCUUGCAGACACGGACGCCUUUUGCAACGCGUUUUGGGGCACAUCGUCAGCUGGCUACGACACGGUGCAGGCUAGGAUGAAGCAUGCCAGCAAGACUAUGGAUGCUGUGCGCGCGCUGUACAAGGAGAGGGCGGACAUCGAAGCGGACUAUGCCAAGCGACUCGGAAAGCUAAGCAAGGCUCAUGCGGACCUUGGACUUCACGAGACUGGUCAGACAAAGAUUGCUCUUGAAACGGUGCGAUUCGAGGUGGAACGCAUGUCGAGCACGCACGCUGACUUGGGCAACAUGAUCAAAAAGGAUCUCGAUGGAGCGAUGGCGGACUUUAUCGGCAACUGGGCGGGAGCCAGGCGGAAUUCGAGCGCUGCAAUCGAAAAGCUCUGGAAGCAAAAGCAGACCCAAGAGUCCUACGUCAACAAGUCGCGAGAGAAGUACGAGCAGGACUGCAUCAAGAUCAACGGCUACACUGCGCAGAGCAGCCUCGUGCAGGGCAGGGAUCUCGACAAGGUCACUGCCAAGCUGGACAAAGCGCAAGCGACGGUAUCCGGAAAUGAAAAGGACUACCAAAACUUCGUCAGAGCGCUCAAAGACACCACACACAAGUGGAAUGCAGAAUGGAAGAGCUACCUGGAUCAAUGCCAAGAUCUCGAAGAGGAGCGCUUAGACUUCAUCAAGGCAAACCUGUGGAAUUAUGCUAAUGCGGUCUCUGCGGUUUGCGUUGCCGACGACGAGUCGUGUGAGAAUGUGAGAGUGUCGCUUGAGAACUGUGAAGCUUCCCGGGACAUUCAAGCUUUCAUACAGGCCCAAGGUACCGGCUCCGCCAUUCCCGACCCACCCGAGUACAUAAAUUAUGCCCGCGGUCAACCUCCACCUGCGAGACCUUCCUACAAGCAUGCCAACUUCCAGCGCAACUCAACCAGACCGCCACCACAACUGCCUCCUCCCGGACCUCCACCUUCUCAGGGACCGCCUCCACCUGCAGUCUCCGUGCCACCGAUCACCCCACAGGCACACGGACACGCGCCGAGCGAUGCUCGCACUCGGAAGAGCAGCUCUGGUGGAUCGCAGUCAGGCUCGCAAGCACCUCGGCCUCCUGCAUCUCGUACCGGACCCGGCUUGGGUGACAUGAGCGACAUAGCUGCUGCGCUGGAACAGGCACCGCAAGAACCUGCGAACGGACAGGAGCGCGGGAGCUCCAAACCACCAUCAGGAGCAGUCGCCCUGCCAGGGUUACACUCGACCCAGACCAACAGUCCAGCCUCUUACGCUGCACCACUUGCUCCAUCGCCAGCCGCGGAGAAUGCGCCUCAUGUCCAGAGUGUGGCUCCGGAACGAACAGCAAUACCUGAGCGACGCAUGUCUGCGCGCAACUUUAUUGCUCGCACGCCUUCUCUCAGCAAGCGCACCGCCAACGCGCCGGAAGGUGCUGUGAACCAAGGCAGUGCGACACCGCAAGGAGUCCCCUCUCGUCCUCCACCGGGCAAAGCUGAUCCAGAAGAAGAUCCCCUUGCCAAAGCUUUGCAAAACCUUCGCAAUCGACCCGGAGGAAGAAGCCCCGCACCUCCCAGUCCUGGCCCUGCGCCGCCCACCAAAAGCCCUGCCCCGGGAGAAGUGUUCCCAGCUCAUCAGCAGCCGCCGCUCAGAGCUGCUCAGCGUGCGCCCUCACCUGGACCGGGCGGUCCACCUCGAGCGCGUUCGCCCUCUGCAGCGUUCAUGAAUGCGCCCGAGAGAGCACCUUCGCCGGCCGUAGUGGAAGAAUACGGGCAGUCCUUCCCGGGCGAGAGGAGGGCGCUGUCGCGUCAGAAUUCGAAUGUGUCGCAGCAUGUGCCAGCAAAGCCACAACAGCAUGCUCAGCAGCAACAGCGGCCUCAGGCCGGUGGCUAUCCCGGAGGCAUCGAGCGAGCACGCAGUCCCGGGCCUGGCGGAGGACAAGGCUUUGCUGGCGUGGGUGCUCGUGGACGUAGCCCCAGCCCAGCGCCUCAGGCACAGAGUGGAGUUGCGUCGAGACCAUCCGGUCAGCAAUCGCAGGGGUUCAAGGCGCCGCAGCAUCCACCUGUCCGCUCCACCACUCCUCUAGGUAUAUCUCUCGAUGCGAGCGGUUCUGUCACUCACGAUCAGAUGGCCGACGAAUACAACAGGCGAGCAGGUAGCGUGGGACCUGGGGCGCAGCGGCCUGGCGUUCACCAGAGCACGGCUCCGGCAAGCCAUUAUCAGCAGCCUUCGCAGAGUCAGCAGUUCCCGCCGGGCCAGAGCUACAGCCCCGGCCCCCAGGCCACACAGCAUCUACCUCCACAACAACAACAGAGGCCGUCUGCGCAGCAGCAGCAACAUCCUUCGCAUCUGUAUCAGCAAUCAGCGCACCACCAGUCGCAGCCUUCUAUGGCCAGCCACUACUCUGGUGCUCAGCAGCAAGGACCAGGUGGCACGCCCGGCGCCUACGCUCCGCAAGCUGGCCAUCAUCAGCAGCAGAUGAGCUACGCAAGUACUGCGCCGGCCUUGGCCGCACAGCCUCACGGUCAGCCAGGUUAUCACGCCCAACAACCCUCAGCUCAUACGCCCCAGCCUCAAGAUCAGUAUGGUUCUUAUGGCAGAGCGCACGGGCAGGCAAACGGCUAUGGUGGGCCUGCCCAAAGUCACAGCGUACACGGCAUUCAACAAGCCCACUCUCCCGGGCCACACGUGCAGCAGCAGCAGCAAGCGGCUUAUGGGGCUCCACAUCAGCAGCAUCAUCAGCAGCACCCCUCUUCCUUCGCCCAGACGCCUGGAGGGGGCUACCAAGCUCCCGUGCAGCAGGCAGAGACGCCUGCCUCGGCCUACAUGCAUCAGUACCGACAGUCCAACAUGGGCCCGCCAGGACCUCAGCAGGGAUUGUCAUCGCAGGCUCCUGGAGGUCAACAUUGGGGCGCACCCAAUGGAGGCGGACACGCUGACCCUCGCGCCCAUAGUCCUGCGCCUCAUCACAUCCAGCAGCAGCAGCAGCAGCAAGCUCCGAUCAACCAACGUCUUCCACCUCCAGGCGAAGCGCCGCAGAACCAUGCUCCGACGGGUCAAUACAGCGAUUCCGGCAAGCCCAUCCUUUUCUAUGUUUCUGCGCUCUACAAUUACGAGGCUACCAGCGAGGAAGAGUUUAGCUUCACAGCGGGAGAUAUCAUUGCGAUUUGGGAAACCAGUCCGGACGGAUGGUGGAGAGGUGACCUUCUGGACGAGAAUAGACGAACAGGUGCUACGCUUUGUCCUUCGAACUUUUUGCAAUUGUUGGCUUGAGCUCCUUGUGCGGUCAUCGGUCAUGUGAUGACAGCUCGCUUUGUAACACAAUGAUGCAUUGCCUGCAACGUUGCGAAACCAGCAUGCUGUGCUAGUGUUGGGUAUAAGCAUGAACAAG